UGACAUUCUAGGGUUAUGUGUACUGAUAGCAGAGACUGAUAGACUCUGCUGAUAGCAAAGUUCAAGUUUGAAAAUUUUAUGUUUUAAUUAUAAUCUACGUCAUUGUACAAUUAUCCUCUUUUAAAAGUGGUUUGCAAUUUUCGUCCAAAAAUGUCCCUUUCCAAGCCCAUUAUCAGUGUCCUUAGCUUUUAUUUUGGCCAAUUAUAUGAGCAUCCUUUGAGGACCAAAGCAGUUAGCUGUUGCAUGGUGGCCUUAGCUGGAAAUUAUGCAUCCCAAAAGAUUAGUGGGACCAAAAUACUCAACAUUCACACAUUGGCUGCGUAUGGCACCUUUGGACUGCUAUUCGGUGGCUCCUUACCCCACUUUUUCUACAAGUUCUUAGAGCAUGCAGUGCCAGAUGAAGCCUCCUUUGCCAUCGCAAAACGGCUCAUAUUAGAAAGGCUGGUUUACUCUCCCCUAUACCAGGCCUUUUCGUUAUAUGCAUUGGCAAGGCUCGAGGGCAAAGACCACGAAACGGCUGUUCAACAGCUGAAAGGCUUGUACUGGCUAGUGCUCACCUCCAGCUGGAAAUACUUGACUAUUUUGCAACUUCUUAAUUUGAGCGUGGUUCCUCCAAUGUUGAGAGUUCUGGUAGUCAAUUUAAUAGGGUUCUUCUGGAUCAUAUACCUGGCGAACAAAAGACGCCAACAGGAACUAACAAAAUCCAAAUAAAACUGAGACUGUUGUGUGUUACUAAUGCAUCUAAUGCAUGAAUAGGUGUUGGAGUAAUAUGUGUCAAAAGUUGUUCAUUUCGUUCUUUUAAUGCUAAUGAACUUUUAUAUUAGUAGCUGUGAAGGUUAAAUAAAUUUAUUUUUAUUUAA